AUGGAUUAAAUGUCUGAAAAGAGAAGACAAAAAAUAGAGAGUCAAGAAUGAUAGAACAGGAUUUAAAGGAAGCUCAAUAGAUGGAAUAAGCAGAAAUUUAAGAAAGCUAAUAUAAAGUAAUUAAAUAAAUAAAAGUCAAAAAUUGAAUAUAAUAAAGGAACUAUUUAUAUUGCUAAUAUAAUUUCUUUUAUCACAGCAUUAUUUUAAUUAUCAGAUACUAUUAAAUAUUAUAAAGGUUCAAAAGCUUGCCUUAAAUAAAUAUGGAUUACUGCUUAAUUAAUAUUACUUAUUAUUCAUUAUUAAUCAACUAAAAAAAGUUAGAUAAUAAUGA